AUGCCGAGUCCGAUCCCCCAGCCACCGGGUAUCCCCCUACUAGGAAACAUCUUCGACGUAGAUCCUAAGAACACCUGGUCUUCUUUGAAGACCCUCUCGGAAAAGUACGGCGAGAUCUUCCAGAUCAAAGUCUUUGGGCACACCAUCGUCUUCGUUGCUGGGGCUGCCCUAGCCGAAGAGCUCUGUGACGAGAAGCGGUUUCGCAAGUACGUUGGGGGCCCAAUCGUUGAGAUCAGAUACGCCGUCCACGAUGCGCUCUUCACAGCCUACGACCACGAAGAGAGCUGGGGCGUCGCCCACCGCAUCAUCGCGCCCAAGCUGACGCCCCAGUCUGUGGCGGAGCGCUUCGACGACAUGGUGAGCACCACCAACGAAUUGCUCGAGAAGUGGAAAGGCCUUGGCCCCAAUCAUGAGCUGUCCGCCAUUGGCGAGCUGAAUAGACUGAACUUGGAGGCGACGACGCUGGCGCUUUUUGGCAAGAAGCUCAACUGCUUGACCGGUCCUGAGCACCCGAUGCUCAAGGGCAUGGAGGACUCGACAUCCGAGGCGAUGCAGCGACCUAACAGGCCCGGCUUUUUGAACUGGUUUGUGUUCGGAGGCAAGUUCAAAAAGGCCACGAAGACGAUGAGAAACUAUGCGUCGGACUUGGUGGAGCAUCGCAGGACCAACCCUUCAGACCGCAAGGACCUCCUCGCCGCGCUCAUCAACGCAGCGGAUCCCGAGUCCGGAAAAUCCCUGACCAACUCGCAGGUCGUCGAUGAGAUCGUCUCCAUGCCCAUCGGCAGCAGCACCGCGCCGGGCCUGGUCAGCACCAUCAUCUAUCUUCUCCUGAAGAACCCGCACGUCAUCACCACCGCGCGGGCGGAGCUCGACCGCGUCGUCGGCGACGGCGAGCUGACUCACGCCCACCUUUCGCAGCUCCAUUACAUCGAGGGCAUCGUCCGCGAAGGUCUGCGACUUUCUUUCGCCGCGCCGGGCUUCAACAUCGAACCCAUCCCCAAGGAAGGUGACAAGAGCCCGAUUCUGCUUGCCGGGGGUCAAUACGAGAUCGCGCACAAUCAGCCCAUGAUUCUUGUUCUUGCGGGGGUGAACCGCGACCCUUCGGUGUUUGAGGACCCCUUGGAGUUCAAGCCCGAGCGCAUGGUGGGCGUGAAGUACGACGAGCUCCCGAUGGGCGCGAAGAGAUACUACGGCAACGGCAAGCGCGAGUGUAUCGGCAAGCACUACGCGUGGCUCUGGAACAUGGUUGUCGUGGCAAAGCUCAUCAAGGAGGUGGACUUCACAAUGGCGGAUCCGUCCUAUGAGUUGAAACAGGAUGGGUGGUUCAACCUGAGGCCAGUGGAUUUCUACGUGAAAGCGAAGCCGAGAGUAAUAAACAGCAAGGCGCCGGAGCUGUAA